AAGCAAGAUUUUUGCGUGAGGGUGAAGCUCCAAGUUAAAAAACAAACAACUUCAGAUCUAUACGAUAAAUUUAUUACUUAUCAACAUAUAGGAGAGCAAUGUUUUAUUUAUUGACAUCCCUAAUAAUAGCAAUCUGUCCUGCUGUGGAUGGUGCUACGUGUGUCACGAAGCCGACAUGCGAACAGACUAGCUUCACAUUAUCAACAUGCAUCAGUGGUACCUGCAGCUGUCUCAACACUAGCUACGUACCCGUGCGCUCUGGUUGCGCUUUUAAAAUGGACAAGCCAGUGAUCACUUCUGGACAAGGACGGUCAAACGAAGUUCUUUUAGGCGAACGUUUGACACUGACUUGUUUUGUGGAUGGAGCUGAAUCAUUCGAGUGGUACCUGGAUGAUAAGCUGCUAAAUGGCUUUAAUGAAAUGUCGUACAAUGAAGAAGCUAGCGCUUCUAAUGUUGGAUCAUUUACUUGCAGAGGAAUUGGGUCAAAGGGUGACCUCAAGUCAGAUAGAAGUGAUGCAUUUAACGUGGUGCUGUUGGGAACUGGUGAACAAGCACAGUCUACUGAAAGUCCAAAAAUUACAGUGCCAACGACUGCAGUAUUCAGUGGAUCAUCUAUUACACUAUCCUGCGACAACAUUCCCAUGGGGUAUCCAGAAGGAUUAAUUACAUAUACGGUUGACGAUAAAUACUUAUCUUAUUCAAGAGUAACAAUUGAUGAGUCUACUGCUGGGAAAAACGUUGCAUGCAAUUUGACUAGUCCACAUUUAGGUGUUACUUUUUCAUACCCCACAAGUGCUGUCGGCAAACUGCCAUCAAUAGUCGAUAGAAUACAAUAUGUAACUGUUACUGGCAACGGUAAUUAUUUGGUAUGCUCCACGACGCCAAAAAUUGAUUAUGGACAAGCGUCUCAUACCUACGCCUGGUUUGCAGAUGGUCAAGUGCUUCUAGGUCAAACUAGCUCUAGCUACUCACCAGACUCCCAAGGAACUUCCAUCUCGUGUUCUGUUCAACUAUCUGGACAGCGGGCUGUUUCUUCUAUCAAUAAAAUUAUAUCCAUUGGUAGGGCUGUGAUUUCAACCAAUAUUAGAAAACCCUUAGUAAGCCAGCGUGUCAUACUGACCUGUGCUGGCGUUAAUUCUGGAACUGUCACAUACAGAUGGGAGAAAGACUCCAAACCUAUUCCUCGUCAGUUUGACAGGAAACUUCAACUUGACAAUAUUCAAAAGGAAGAAAGUGGAUAUUACAGUUGUUAUGCUAACAAGGAUAAUUACUAUUCGUAUAGCUCCUUAUAUAUAGGUGUUUCAGAUUCUAUCACAAAACCAAUUAUCAAUGUCAUUGGCGAGUUUGGAACUGUCAAUAGACUAGGUGAGAAUGGCAACUAUUGGCUAGCAUGUUACAGUGAGUCUGCUUCCGACGGAAUGACCUAUGAGUGGACAGUUAACGGAAUAAAAUCUUCCGUCACGGACAAGUUUUACAGCCUACCAUCAGUAUCUAGCUCUGACAACGGUGACUACGUGUGCAAAGCUAAAUACAAAUCUUUGACGAGUGAUGACAGUGAUCCCAAAACACUGACUGUCACAGCCCCUGGUAUACUGUGUUAUGAAGACAGUUUUUGCCUUUUCCCCUAUGGUGGCUAUACAGGCAAAUGCGACGAAACUGAGAGAUGUGAGUGCUCCGAUGGCUACUCAAAGCGAGGGAACUUGUGUUCAGAAGCUUCUGUGACAGUUAUAAGUUCCACGGUUCUCAUUGCAGUGGGAGUUCUUUACUCCAGAUUUGUGGAUCUAUAAAGUAGAAAAAAGAUUCGCCUAUCACAUGCUCAUGUUGACAUCUUUCUACUACAGUUAUAUCAGAUGAUAAGUACCAAUUAUAGGGCUUUUAAAGACAAAGUAAACCGACAACCUUGACAUCAACAACUCUAAAAACUUGUGGUUUUCAAAAAUUAGAAAUUAUGUAUAUUCAGCCUUUCUCCAUUACUGUUUACUAAUAAAAGUAAACAGUUUUUGUAACCUUUGCAUUCAAACGGACUUACAAUAAAUAAACAUUAACAAGAAAGAAAGAAACAGUGUCAAACCUUGUUCAAGCUGAAAGCAAUACAAAUACUUCAAUUUAGAAAAUGUUUAAUUAAUUAAUCCGUCAAAUGUGUACAUUUUAUUUCUUAACUUUUGCACCAUAUAGACUAGAUUUACGACAUUGAUGUUAUUGAGCCGUAUACUUUUUAAAAACACAAUUAUAUAACGUGUUAUAAGCCUAGGUAGUAAACAUGUUGAUAAGUUCUAAAUGAAAGAAGUUAUGUAUGGCGUGAUUAAGCUGUAUGUAUUUAAAAUCUGGCACAUGAUUUCAGCGGGUACGAGCAAUAAUGCUGUAAAUGUAAACAGAGUUGAAGCUAGGUGCUGAAACAAAUAAUAACAUAACAAAUAACAGCACCAGGGACCAAGUUUUUAAGAGAGAAAGUAGUGAAUUAAAAUGCUACGAAAAUAAGGGCAUGCGCCGACCGAGGCUCAAACAUUUAUUUUAAAAUAUAUUUAUUGCCUUUUUUUAUUACUAAUAUUCCAUCGGUAUUUUUUAAUCUCAUUUAGUGUUAUCAGCCUCUUAAGUUUUAUUCAACAUUCGACUUUUAAAUAUUUUAUUGA